AUGGCAAGUAUUCUUCGGUAUGAUGAUUCAAUCACAACUUUUUCAGUAUAUCCUCCAACUAAACCAUAUGAUCUCACAAGAAUUACAACGUCUUGGCCAUUAAUAGCUUCCAUGAGUAUCAAAGCUUUUCGUUUAAAUGAUUCUGAUUGUUUUUGUUCAUAUGAUCAAAUAUUGAAUUUAUUAUCAUGUGCACCACACUUAAAAGAUUCACGUUCACUUCCAUUUUCUUCUAUAAAUAUACGUGUUAUUAAUAUAACACUAAUUAAUUGUAAAUUUUCUUCUAAUCAUUUAAAUCUUCCAUCAAUCAAUGGAAAAAGUAUUGAUUAUUUACGACUACAUUCUGUUAAUCAUGAAAAAUAUCUUGUUAUUGAUGGAGCAUCAUUAUCAUCAUAUACAAUAAAACAUAUGUAUAUAUUAUAUACUUAUACUAAAGAAAUAACAAGAUUAUUAAUUACAAAUGAAACAUUUUCAUCAUCAUUAAUAAAUUUAUCAUUACGCACACUUUAUAUUGAUUCAUGUUAUCUUGUAACAUUAAAUAAUACAUUGAAUAGAUUAGUUGUUCUUGAAUCCAUUACAAUGGUAAAUAUUCAACAAUUUUCUUGGUAUGAUUUUCAACAAGAAAUAAUAGGUUUACCAAAAUUACGUUAUAUUUAUGUUGGUGACGAAAUUCAUUCAGCAACAAAUCAAAUUUUUAAUGUAUUAUCUUGUGAAGAUAUAUUACCUCAAUGGAUAUUAACCUUUCGUUUAACACAAACAUGUAGUUGUCAAUUUAUUUCAUUUUUAACAACAAUUCAACGUUAUAAUAAUAUAUUUCAAUGUCCAAAUUCAGAUAAUAGUAUUGAGUAUAUUAAUGAUUAUUGUCAAUUAAAUGGAAAAGAAUAUCAAAUACGAAAUCAAGAAAAUUUUUUCUGCAAUAAAUGUUUAUCUUAUCAAUGCUCUGAUCAAACAUUAUGUACAGAAGCAUAUGAUUCAGAACCAAAUUGUUUAUCAUUAUCAAGAUAUUAUUAUGACAAUAUUCAUACUCCUAUAUCAAUAAAACCUUAUACAGAACAAUCUCUUUUCCAGAAAAGUCAAGAAUAUCUAAGUACAAAUUCAAAUAAAACUCUAGAUUCACAUGACUUUCAUUCAGUCGCAACAAUGUUAAUUAAUUCGAAUCAAAAUCUUACGCAACAUUCUUCAUAUGAUGCACAAAUGUUUCAUGAAACAUUUGCUCAAAUGCUUAAUCGUCCAUGGGCACCGGAUGUUUAUACGUUACAAUUACCAACAGCACUACCAUCACCAACAACACCCAUAAUUUGGCAACAAUUAUUAUUUUCUUUAGAUAGAUCAGUUCAAUAUAUUAAUGAUGAUGAACCAAUGUUUAAAUUUCAAAGUGAACCAUUAUCAACAAUUAGUCUACGUUUUCCAACAGACGAGCAACCACAAGAAAUAUUUGGUUGGCAAAUAACCAAUAAUAAUAUAAUAACAUCAAAUAUUACAGAUAUUCAAUCGAUUGAUAAAAAUGUCACGUCACGUGUUUUCCUUAAAUUUAAUACUAAUAAACCAUAUAAAUUAAAUUGUAAUAUAUCAAAACCAUUAAAUAAUUGUUCAAACCGUUAUUCAAUAACAUCCAUUAAAUCACAGAAAUUAUUUUGUACAACAAAUAGAAUACCUGAAUAUGAUGUUAUUUCAAUAGUAGCACCGAAUCAAAAUCAAUAUGUUACAUUUUAUUUUGAUCAAAAAAUUUCAUCAAAUGAUACAUUUGAAUAUUCAAUAAAUACAACAAAUUCAACAACAAUAGAUCCAUUUUAUGAUCAACUUGAUUUAAUGAUUUCCGAAGGUGUUUGUAUGUAUUUAAAUACAACUAGUAUGAUAUGGCAAACUGAUGGUUGUUUAACAGAUCGUCAAUUAUCAAAUAGUACAUCAGUUACAUGUACAUGUACACAUUUAACAAUGUUUACAGUAUUUUUUUCAUUAACAUGUGCAAAUCCAUCAAAAGCUGUUGAAAUUUUAAGUUGGAUCGGAUGUGUUCUUUCAAUUAUUGGUCUUUCUAUAACACUUCUUAUGUUUAUUUUUAUUAGUCUAUAUCGACGAACAGAAAAUUCUAGUCAUGGAUUAUCAUCAUCAAAUACUAGUUCAAGUCAAGAAUUACGACGAAGAAUUAUGAAUAAACCACGUCAUCUAUCCAUAGUAAAAUCAAUGCUAUUUAUCUUAUGUAUUUUAUUAAUUCUAAUGAAUAUUCUUAUAUUUAUUCUUACAUUUGUUAAACCCAAUCGAAAAUUUGGUUGUGCAAUACUAUCAGCAUUACUUUAUUAUUUUACAUUAACAGCUUUUAUAUGGAAAUUUUUAUUUGCUUUUCAACAAAGUUUAUUUCUAACAAAUAUAUUUCAAUCACAAUGGUCUAAUCGAACAUUAUUUAUUAUUUAUUUAAUAUUAACUUUUUCAAUACCUAUUCUUCCAUUAUUAAUUAUGUUUAUUAAAUAUGAAAAUUUAACAUUUAUAUCAUCAACAUGUAAUUAUUGUUGGUUAUCACGUGAAUUUCUCAUAUAUGGUUUAAUUAUACCAAUAUUAAUAAUUAUUUGUUUAAAUAUAAUUUUUUAUUUGUAUACAAUGAUUUAUUUAUGUGGAAGAAAUCGUCAACAAAUAGGUUUACGUUCAACAAAAUCUGAAUAUUCACGACGUAUACAAAAUUUUAAAAUUGGACUUUUUUUUGCUAUUAUUAUGGGUUUUAGUUGGAUAUUAGGUUUUCUUGUACUUAUACCAAAUACAUAUGUACAAUUAUUUGGAAAUAUCUUAUUUUGUAUUAUUAAUGCAUUUCAAGGUUUUGCUUUUUCUAUAAUGGUUUUUUUUAUGAUUGAACGAAAAGCAUUUUUUUAUUAUUGUUGUUUUUGGAAACAUAAAAAUCAAAUAAAAACAGCAACAAAUUCACAAUGUAUGAUACUUCAAGAAUCAUUACCAACAAUAAAUGAUAAUGAUAAUAUUAGAAUAAAAAAUAUAUAUAAUUUAUCAAUGCAUACAUCAUCAACAACAUCUGGUGGUGAUACUAAUAUUCAUGAUACAUUUGAUCAUUAUCGUAUUAAAAAAUUACAUAGAGAAAAAGAAACAAAUGAAAAUGAACAUAUUUAUAGUUCACCGACACUUUGA